CUCCCACCGAGUCGUGACGCCGUCAAUGAGGGUCGUCUCCCCCCUCGCAAACCCGACAUGACGCCCGCCUCCCUUUGCAAUGUCUUCCUCCUUUUCGCUUGAUUCAGACGACGAAUAUGGCUAUGAUCUUUCUUUGGAGGACGAGACGUUGCUGAGCCAGCUCAUCACCGACAACCCCGCCCCCACCUCUACCUCAUCGCGGAACCCCGCCGCUCCCUCGAUCGCUUCAGAUUUGGGCAUUGACACCGUGGCUGAGGAAGAAUUUCGCCUUGACGAUGCUCCCGCGGAUCUUCUCUCCUAUCGCACGACUGGCACAGCCAAGGGUCCUGCACGAUCUAGCCCGAGUCGCUCAGAGGCGACCUUUGCCGACGAUACGAAGCAGGCAGAUCUUUCCCCGACGUCACCUGGCCACGCCGUCGCCUACCCGGAUUCGCUUAGUGAGCAGAGCCCUUUCGAAUAACAAUGCGGCCCCAUCAUCACCCAAACCGAACGAGAAAGCCACCCCUGAUCCUGAGAAUGAUACCCGAUCGCCGCUUGUGCGAUUCCGAUCGUAUCCCCGGAAGCCAUUUACCGUCACCGACUUGACCUCGGGCGCUUGGUGCGAACUACAAUACUUCUAUACCCUCACCCGCCUACCAUAUGGUCGGAAGACCCGGACAGCAGCGAUGAAGCAGGGGACAAAGGUACACCAGGACCUUGAAGACGAAGUACACACGACGGUCCGCGUCGAGAUCUCAAGUAAAGAAGACGGGUUUGGUCUCCGGAUGUGGAAUCUUGUCCAGGGACUCCGAACACUCCGUGAGACUGGUAUGACCCGUGAGCUUGAAGUAUGGGGAUUCGCCGACGGCAAUCUGGUCAAUGGCGUCAUCGACGGUCUGAGCUACGAGAAUCCGGAUCCGGAGUUCAUGGAGCAGCUGAGCCAGGACUCUGAGCAAAACCAGUCCAGCAUAACCGAUUACUUCCCUUCGAAGAAGCAGGCGAACACACCUCAGAUAUACCUGACGGAUGUGAAGACGCGUGGGUCUAUGAAGGCGCCCAACAGCCCCGCGUUACUGCGGCCGGCAAAGGUGCAGCUCUUCCUGUACCAGCGUUUCCUGUCAGAAAUGGCAGCGGAUAAGCUGGACUACCUUCGUAUUUUCCGGCGGUACGGUCUGGAUCCGGACGAGCCGUUCUCCGAUUCAUUUAUUGCCCAGAUUGGUAGCCUGCACGACGAAUUGUUCUUCGACAUGGAUUCCUCCCCUGACGGGGACUACAUCCCGCCGUCUCCCAUUACAGCAACGGUCGAUGCCGAAGCUGGUGAGGCAAACAGCAAUUCGUCGGCGCCGGACUUCAUCAAGUACAGAACACUGAGGGAAUUGCUCCCUCUUCUCGUAUCAGAGUUGCGCCAAACCUUCCCCCAUGGCGCCGACUCCGUGGGUCGGCUUCUCGCUGUGGAGUACAGGUACCGCGGAGACGGUUCGCUUAUUGAUAGCCAGGUCUUCCCCAUGGAUGAUCGGGCGCUGAACCUCUACUUGGGUAAUACGAUGGAGUGGUGGCGAGCGGACCGACAACCGCGGGGUGUGCAGAUUGAGGAGGCGUACAAGUGUCGAAUGUGUGAAUUUGUGGGCGACUGCACAUGGCGGUCUGCCAUGGAUGAGGAGAGACUGCAGAGUACUAGGCAGCGUUUGGCAGGCAGGAGUAAGCAUCUUACAAGUGGCUGA